AGGAAAGAAAAGAAAAAGGCAAGUAAAGACCGGCCGCGGCGGCGGCAUUGAUCCUCACCUGCGGAAGGGAAGGAAGGAAGCCAAGACAGGGACGCAAGCUUAGCUGGAAAGUUGGGCCUUUUCCUCGGAAAGGGACGGGGCCGCGGCGAACCGGGGCGGCAAGAACGCCAGUGGCCAGUUCUUGGCAGGCGGAGAGAUAUUAUUAGACUGUUCCACCAACCCGCGCCGACGUUCGCCUAUAAGAAGACCGGAGGUGGGGGAGGAGGGAAGCUCCUUCUCUUUACAAGCACAAGUUCUCUACUUCUCUUCGGUUCUGUGUGCUCCGCUAGGUGAGUCAAACAAAUGGGGCUUGGGAAUGGAUCAUCGAGCGAUGUGCCAUUCGCGUCACACAAGGCGAUGCAAGAUGAGACCACUCCGCUUCUCCCGAUCAAAGCUGAGGAGGACGCAGUUCACGAGUUCAACGGAGCUUCUUUCUCUGGUGCAGUGUUCAAUCUGUCAACGACCAUAGUAGGGGCUGGGAUCAUGGCUCUGCCAGCGAGUAUCAAGAUGCUAGGCCUCAUCCCUGGUAUUCUGAUGAUUGUCCUUGUGGCAUUGCUCACUGAGGCAUCCAUUGACAUGCUGGUCAGGUGCAGCCACCAGGGCAAGAUAACAUCCUAUGGGUGGUUGAUGGGUGACACUUUUGGGCAGUGGGGGAGGAUUGCACUGCAGGUGUCUGUGGUGAUAAACAACAUUGGCGUGUUGAUUGUAUACAUGAUUAUAAUCGGGGAUGUCCUAUCAGGAACAUCAACAACUGGCGUUCAUCACAGUGGCAUCUUUGAGGGGUGGUUUGGACCUCAUGUAUGGAAUUCUCGCCCCGUUGUUCUCCUUGCCACAACUCUUCUUGUGUUUGCUCCAUUGGUGAGCUUCAAGCGUUUGGAUUCAUUGAGAUACACAUCUGCGCUAUCAGUUGCUCUUGCUGUGGUUUUUGUUGUCAUCACUGCUGGAGUUGCAAUUGUCAGACUCGUCGAAGGAACUGUGGAGAUCCCCAAACUAUUUCCUGAGAUAGAUGGAAUUAGUUCCGUCUGGAAAUUGUUCACAGCUGUCCCUGUUCUUGUUACUGCCUACAUCUGCCACUACAAUGUUCACAGCAUUGACAAUGAGCUGGAGGACAAAACUCAAAUUAAACCAAUUGUGCAAACUUCACUGGGACUCUGCUCAAGUGUUUACAUUGCAACAAGUUUCUUCGCAUAUCUCCUCUUUGGUGAGGCUACCCUGGCUGACGUGCUCGCCAAUUUUGACUCCGAUCUUCGCAUUCCAUUUAGCUCUGUGUUCAACGAUAUAGUGAGAGUGAGCUAUGUGGUCCAUAUCAUGCUCGUCUUUCCUAUAGUCUUCUUUGCCCUUAGGCUCAACUUGGAUGGGUUGCUCUUUCCCACCGCGAGGCACAUUUCUUGUGACAACAGAAGGUUCACCAUCAUCACAGUCUCACUCCUUGCUGUGAUUUAUGUUGCUGCCAUUUUCAUACCAAGCAUCUGGGAUGCGUUCCAAUUCACUGGCGCCACAGCUGCUGUGCUUAUUGGUUUCAUCUUUCCUGCCAUGAUUAUACUCAGGGACCCUUAUGGUGUUUCAACCAAUCGCGACAAAAUUUUGGCUGUAACCAUGAUUGUGCUUGCUGUGGUCUCAAACUCUGUAGCCCUGUACAGCGACACGCUUAAUAUCUUCUACAGGAAACAGGAGGCCUAGAAUCCAUACCCCAACGGAAAGAGAAGUUCUAUGUACAGUUAAGAGUGAUUGUUGAGCUCAAGUUACUACUACGCAGCAGAGCGAGGUGAUUUCAUGGCGGUCAAUAAUUUUUGUUUUGGUUGCUUUGAAAUGAUCCGGUUUGCCGCAUUUGUCUAUUUUGCUGAACAUAUGCCAUCUCUCAUCGUCUAGAUGAGAUGAGCCACUUGUGAUAUGAUCAGCCGUGCUCUGUGUCGAUGCCCCUGAAAGGAACAUUUUUGUUUCCUGUGGUUGUUGUUUAUUCAGUCAUCUUGUAAUGGAUGGCCUGAAAAAACCUGCUCAUAUAAAAUAAUGCAAUUACAACUUCAUUUUGUGUC